CCCGAGCAUGAUGCGUUCCGGUAGUCCACUUGCACGCCCCACCAGUCCGGCGGUCUCUGAGAUUUCAGUAGGCUCUCCGAGCCCGCCGCUGGUCACAGCAACGCAAAAUCUAAGUCAACACAACAGCCUGACCGCCUUUCAGCCGUUGAGUAUGAAGCGCGCGCGAUUGUCAGACGGCCGCGUCUUCGGCGCAGUGCCAACAGUAGAAUGCACUGUUUCACUAGCCAACCGCCAACAACCACAACCUCCACAAUGCCGCAAGUCGAGCGCGGAGCGUGUGAAAAGCUUUUCCAUUGCCGACAUUUUGGGUAAAGGUGAUGCCGCCACCACUGGUUCACCAUCACCACAAUCAACUUCACCGCGAUCGCUGACUCUACCUCAACUACCAGAAACGCUUUUACAGUCCAGUGGUGCGGCCAGCGUUGAAUUACCCAUACUGCCGCUUCUGCCACGUCCACAACUCGCAACCCCAGCCACGCAGUUAUCUUCAGAAGCUCUAACCGAUCGCCUAGCAAACACUGCAGUACCCCUGGUUAUGCCAUCUUCGCAGCUGUUGCUCGACGUGCAUGGUUUUCCAAAGUCUUCGGCGCACGCUUGGCAAGCAAUGCGUGGCGCCGCUACUGCGCUGCCCUUGCGCCCCUUUUUACCGCCCGCUCUCCUGCACUAUGAACAACGUCUCGCUUGGGACUAUCAGCGCCAAUUACAAGAACACUUUCAGGCGCAGGCACAACUUUUGCGUCAAAUGAGUAUGGAUCCGUCGAUUAUUCCAUCUGAAGAUGGCUCGGAACGUUCACAUUCCAGUUCAACGGGCAGUGAAUGCUGCUCACCAGGGCUGAGCGGUGCACCGACGAGUGCAGAUGGGGCGGCAACGGCCGGUUGUGAUGAUAAACCAGGCGAAAAUGAUGCGCGAAAGUGUAAAGAUGCUACUAAUGGAAAGUCAAAAAAAGGAGCCAGUGAUACACCGCUGGAUGCGCUCUUCCAGCUAUCGACUAAAAAUUUUGAUGACGGUUCAGAACACGAUUUAAUUUACACGGCUGCCUCGGCUGGCCGUUCGUGA